AUGCGUAUUCCCGAGAUUUCCAACAACCCUUCGAAGGUUCAACUAGCGCGCAUGGCGCAUGUCUAUUUUGAACAUCCGGACUUGGAGUUGUUCUCCGAAUUUGCGAAAGACUGGGGUUUCGUAGAGGCGAAACGAGAUGACAAUAAAAUCUGGUAUAGGGGCUAUGGUGUCGAUCCCUACGUGUAUGUCGUUAGCAAGAGCAAAGAUGGCAACCCGAGAUUUGGAGGCGCCGCCUUCGUAGCCAAAUCGGAAGAAGAGUUUGAGAAGGCGGCGCUUUUACCAGGGGCAACGCCUUCCAGUCUGGCUGACGCGCCUGGAGGUGGAAAGAUGAUUAGCUUCACGAGAUCCGACGAUACACAUUUUCAUGUUGUUUAUGGUCAGAUUGAAAGAGAAGCAGAGAAAUCUGUGCCAUCGGCAACCCACGAGGUUCAAGGACCAUACAAUGGCCCUUUCCAAAAGCUCAGGAAAGGAACCUUCCAAAGGUACCGCGAGGGCCCAGCCUUAGUACACAAGCUCGGUCAUUUCGGGGUAGUUUAUCGAGAUUUCGACACAGAGAUCAACUGGUAUACGGGCAACUUCAAUCUUGUGCCAUCUAAUGUCUUGUACCACCCGGUCUUCUCUAACAUUGAUGUUCUUACAUUCCUACACCUUGACCUGGGCAAGGAAUUUUCCGACCACCAUUGCAUGUUCAUGCAACGAGCAUCGCCAGAGGUCAAGAAGAGCUACUUGCAUCACACGUCGUACGAAGUUGCCGAUUUCGACGAGCAACUGAUCGGGCACGAGUAUCUAGCCAAGAAGGGCCAUGAAUGCGUCUGGGGUGUUGGGCGACAUAUCCUAGGCAGUCAAAUCUUUGACUACUGGAAAGAUCCGAGCGGCUUCAAGAUCGAGCACUACGCCGAUGGAGAUUUGGUGAACGGGGACACUCCCAGAACGCGGGAAGUCGUGGGCCCUUUUUCGAUUUGGGGGCCAGAGGUGCCAAAAGACUUUGGUGACGACACGGCGAAGCUAAUUACAGCUUGA